GUUAACUAUUUUGCACUUCAGGUGAGUUCGAAAAAUUUCAUUGAUGGUGGUGCUUUCGCAAGCAGAUUUCGUCAACAAAAAAGCACUUUUUAGCUUAUAACAGCGGUGAGAUUGCAAAUUAGCAACAAAUCUGGCUUCCAACUGCCAGCUUCUGGACGUUUGCUGAUAUUUUCUGGAUCAAAAUGUCGGUCACGGAAUUCCUGAAAGACCUGCCAUGCCACAAUGAGGACAACUUUUCCCUGUUCAACACCGAGAACGGUGUGAAAACUUCCUCAAAGCGACCCUCAGUCUACAUCUCUACUGUCGAUAUUCCCUCGGAACAAGUGAUAGUAACCGAAAAGAAGAACAUUUUGCUACGCUACCUGCAUCUACAAUGGGAUAAAAAGAACGCGCCCAAAAAGCGAGAGCACGGAACCGACGCCUCCAACGACACCCUCAGGAAAAGACCCCGGCUGGAAAACCGUGAAAACAAUAACACAUAAGUUCUCUCCCAGUUCCGCAGCCACUAGCCGUCGCUUUUAUUCGCAAAUUUCUAAUACUUUUUUUCUCUUGAACAUAUAAACACGACAAAUUUCAAAUAAGUACCCAUCUUUGGUCUUCUGCUCUUCUCGAGAAACGCACCGAAGGGAUUCCACCUGUGGGGCUCCGUAUGAAAGCAUAACAGAAGCUACGUUUGAGUUAGUUUGAAUCAAAUUCAAUAUUUUAUCAGAACAACGGUUAACGGGAACCAACUUCUUUUUCCAAGUACCAUCAUUACUCAUCUGUCAUUAAAAUAUUCACUCAGAAUGAACGGUUGGUUUACGGAAAAUAUUGACCCAAAUUUAGUAUAACUUAUAAUUCUUGUUUCAAAUUUUAGAAUUUUACUUUCCACUUUCUGUUGCAGCCUCAGUGAUAUCAGCUCGAUUACAUUAAUUGAAAUAAAUAUCAUAUAAAGAA